AUGCCAGAUCAUGGGCCUCUCAGGGGAGCCGCGUCUUCUCCAGCACCACCCCGGCCUCAAUCUCAGCCUUCAGGACCGUCUCAAAGCUCCGACGAUGUCACCGUACGCUCAAUGAGACUCAAGGUGCUUUACUCUUUCGACAACGAGAACAAGACGAAUUGCUUGGCACGAUGGCCGCAGCCUCUCGAUAUUCGAACAGCAUAUCUCGAUGAAAACACACAGAUUGGGGUCAUCGAGUUGAAGACAUGCAUCCAAGCUAUUGUGGCUGCUAGCCCAGAAUUAGUUGCGGCGCUUGGCCAGGAUUACACCGUCUAUGCGUACGAUUACUCAGAAUACGAGACACCUCUUGUCGGCCAAGGGAUGCUUUCAUGGGUUCUUGCAUCUUCGUCCUCGACGCCUUCCGCUCCCGCUCACCAAUCUCGCACUAUUGUCACUGGACGUGUCUGCAAAAAUCUUCUUGGACUGUUCUCCAGCAAUUCACAAGAGACCCUUGAAGUAAAGUUACGCUUAGUUCCUGUGCCAACAUCGCUGCAGAGCGAAUACAUCGAAAGCAUGAAGAAGUAUAGGGACAUAAGUCAGAUGAUGCCUGAAGGUUUCGACCCUCAAGCUUGGACGUUAUUUGUACAAGCAAACCCUGCUAUCUGGCAGCUUGCAAACAAGAGCCGAAGUCAGUCUCCAGCGGUGGGGCAGGGACAGAUUAGUGGAUUUGGCAUUGAACAUGUGCAGCGGCUGCUAAGUGGCGAAGGCUACCGGCAAAGAAACAUCGAAUCGCAAAGCACCCAACAGGCAAAACCGGAGCCACAACGUUUAGCACCUCAGAACAACAACUAUGCAAUCUCCGAUGCAGCACGGCAAAUCCCUCGGAUGCCGAGCCCGGCUUCAAGUAUAGCGUCCGCAGCGACGAAGAAGAGGAGAGGGAGGCCUCCAGGUCCCAAUCCCAGAAAGAGCCGUGUGAAAACCGCUACUAGGCAGGCUUCUGUGGAUACUAGCUACGCAAGCAAUGACGAGCGAUUUGAGGAUGGACCAAAUAAGAAAAGAGCAAAAAUCAUGCAAGCAGAAUGGUCCGGCAACACUGAUUUUGGAAGGCAGCCAGAGUCUCUAAGGGUUGCGGCAAGUACUGCAGCAUCGAUACGGAUCCAUCAGCCGACUGCAGUGCGUCCAAACAACAGCCUAGCCAAUUCGCUGGAGGGUCCGCCAAGAGUGCCCACCCCAAUAGCUGAUGCUUCAAAUCGCAUGCAGAGACCUCAGCUGCCCGUGCCCAUAAGCAAUCUUCGCCGUGAGUCUUUUGCUAUUGCCAGAAAAGAUUAUGCUUCCCCGUAUGAUCCCGUGGGUGCGAAUGUGAAGUUAGCGGAAUCUGCGAUGACAUCUCCUGAAGCAAGUCAAGCCGAGAGUUCACCGGUGGAUAUUGCGUCGUCUCCGCCCGUUUAUCGUGGGACUUCGACGUGCCCUUCGAGUCCGAAUCAGACAACUCAAGCUCGACACUUUGAAGAUUCGGGGUUUAUGAGUGGUAACAUAGAUGAACUUUUCGAAGAUGACGAGACGCGGCCCGUUGAUGAUGAAGACCUUGACGUCGCAGCUCAAUACAGUAAACGUCCUAAUCUAUCAGUGCUUCCUGCCCAGGAAGAGCCAGCCGCUCAGCUUCCAGAACCCAACACUUCUCAGCAAAUUCGCGACAUUCAACAGCCGACUGCUCCUCAUGAGCAGAAUCAGCAGCUUCACGGGCUUCAGCGGCCGGAUAUCCUCUCUCGGCAGACUCAUCAGCCUUACGAGCUUCCGCAGCCUCAACAGCAAGAGGGCAACGCUUUUACGGUAUCUAGGAAGCCUGCUAGGGGCGCAGCAGGUCUUAGUCGGACGGCGUCCUCGGGAAACCUGGCUCUGCCACCAAUACACGCGAGUGACCCAAUUCGGCCCACUUUGAACCGCUCACAAACCUGGUCCGGCCGUCAAGCACCACAUCCUGCUUCUGAUAUGACACCUAUUCCUCCUGUAAUGGAGACAACCGAGAGACCCGUGCCAAGACUUAGAAAAGGCAGUGAGAUCGGGACUGGUUCUGGCGUUAGAAGAAAACAAGCCAUUCAGAGCAAGUUGGCUUUGUCUGUCGCUGCAGGGGAGAUGCCACCUUUCUGUGAAAACUGUGGUGCUAUCGAAACUCCAACAUGGAGGAAAGCGUGGGUCAAGAUACACAGCGGUACGCCAGAACAUGUCGUCAUCUCCGAAGAAGAGGGAGGCAUCAUUGCAUGGCAAACUCUGCAGACAGAUUGCAACGGGAUCAUCUGCCUCUACAGGAUCGUCAAGAAGUCAGUGCUAAAGACUGAUGAAGGCUUUACCGAAAUCCUGCUAUGCAACCCUUGUGGGCUUUGGCUGCAUACUCGUAAAUGUAUGCGACCAAAGGAGGUUUGGGACAAGACACAAAAUGGUCCUGACGAAAAGCGAAAACGAGGGGCAAAUGGGAAGAGGCACAGGGCUAACUCAACAUCUGACCAGGCAGCGGACGCCGCACCUAAUGGUUCAGCUCUGCAUUCUUAUGAUUCCUCGUCAGCAAACAACGGCGGACAAACCGAGUGUGGAGAGGCAGAAUCUCAGCUGCCGCCUUUCCAACAUCGAAGAGCAUCUAGCCAGCACACAAUAUCGCCCCAGGCCAAGCGCAGAAUUGCAGAAGAAGCUUCCGCGGUGGCGGCACUCGAAAGGGCUAUCAGAUCCUCUCCACACAAGUUUCGGGGCACUGAACAUGUCCCUAUCGACGUAGAAGAUCUCACGCCGCAGCCCACCAGACGAGUGCUGUUCCCUUCGCCAACCCUGUCUGAAGAUGCCAAAUCGAAACGUAAUUCAAUUGUCGAGGUCAGCGGUAAAGGACGCCAUCAAACUCCUGGCAAGUUGUUUGAAGAUCCUGAUAAUGACCAAGCCGACAAGGAGAAUUGCCCUCCUGCUGAGGAUGAUGGCCUAGAUCACCUCUUCACAGAAGAUCCCCACCUUACCCGUGCCACAACUCCGACACCUACCAGCUCAAGCCGAGCACACACCUUCAAGACUCCAAAGAGGUCACCCAACCGGCUUCCACCAACGACGGGCGACUUCUUCUCUUCCGCCGCCAAAGCACUCCUCCGCGCUCCUAACACGCCCAAGCGCACUCCGACCAAGGAUAUUCAACCACUCGGAGAGCUGACUCCUUUUACUGCCCACCUCAACCAACUGCUGUCCGACGCGAAUAACGGCAAUGGCAGUCCCGGGUCCAAUGGUUUCGAUUUCCCCUCUUUACCUUCCUUGCAUAAUACACCUGGCCGUCGUACCAUGGAUUUCGACUUCUCGCAAUUCGAUUCUCAGGAUCUUCUCAGCACCGAUGUUCCAAUGCCCAGCAGUCCGCCAGCCUGGUUCGGCGUAUAUGAGGAUCCGAUCGAGCAUGGUGCUGGAUCGCUGUGGGGAGACUACGCGCUGCCUAAUUCGGCUUCUACUCCAUCAGACGAUGAGGAGGAAGUCAAUGGCGCUAAGCGACCAAAGACUCCAGGUCUGGUUGUUGAUGAGAAUGGGAGAGCAAGAAUUGACUUUCAAGCUAUGACAUGA